UGCACCGCUCAUCCUAUGACCAGACAUUCACUCGCCCGGUAAUGCGCUGCUGGCUUAGCCAAAAUACUCUCACCGUCGUCUCGACAAAUUCGCGAUAGCAUAUCGUACUCGCAGUUCUCCCUGCAAAGGACAUCAUGGCCGCCGUCGCAGGCCCGCAGACGCCCCAGCGUCCACUCCCUGGCGACUUCAUCAACACUCCCGCACCGCAAGCGCCGACCAUCUUCGCUCAACAGGCCGCGACCCUCCGCCAGAAUCCACAGCCACCCGCAACGAACAAUGGCAGUAUCUCCCAGUCAAGCAUUCCACAAAUAUCACCCGUGCAGCGCGGCGCGCGCACCAUUGACGGCAUGCUGGCACAAGAAGCCCGCUUUCCGGAGCUGGAAAGCUACGCGCAGCAAGGCAUGAGCGGCGAGUACGAGCUGCCUACCAAUCCAGCUUGGUUGCCGUACCAAAAGCUCAAGAUGUACGACCUCCCGGCUGCGAUCAUUGAGCAAGCCAACCAGACUGUGGGUGGGCUGCAAAUGGGCGUAAUGCCGGUUCUCAGCCAUUGCUGGGCGGUGAUGGACAACUGUCUGUAUCUGUGGGACUACACCAUGCCGCAGCCAGAGCUUAUUGGAUUUGAGGAGAACUCGCAUCCCAUAACUGCGGUCAAGCUUGUAAGGCCGAAAGCGGGCGUAUUUGUGAAGGAGAUUACGCAUCUUCUUGUUGUGGCGACGAGCGACACCAUGCUGUUGCUCGGUGUGGCGAGUCAAGCUACCUCGACUGGUGCGAAGACCGUCUCAUUAUACAAUACCAAAAUGUGGAUUCACACGAAGGGUCUUAACGUGCAGCAAAUUGAAGCUUCACAUCGGACGGGUCGAAUCUUCUUCCUAGACUCUGGCAGUGAAGACAUCUAUGAGUUCCAGUAUCAGCAGGAAGAAGGCUGGUUCAGAGGCAAAUGCGCACGGAUCUGCCAUACUAGGAGUAACUACGAUUUCGUGCCUGCACCCGUGAAGGCUGUCGGCUCGCUCAUCGCGCCCAGCAAGAGGCAAAGAGUGCUCAAGAGACUAGCGCUGGACGACUCACGAGAUCUGUUAUACACACUCAGCGACACGAGCGAGGUCAAGAUCUGGGCAGUCAAGGAGCAAGUGAAGCUUACUCUCUCCCGACCAAUGGCCAGCCUACUGCAGAACACAAGCCACUUCACUGGCCGUACGGAUCUACUAUACGCGCAGGGUGUGCAGAUUGUAGAUCUAAGUAUUAUUCCGGCAAGCGAAGCGGGCAGACUUAGCGUCAUGGCGACCACCAACACCGGGUGCCGACUCUACCUCUCCGCCACCCGCGGUUACGGUGGCAACGCCGACGCAUCAAAUCCGCCCAGUAGUAUGCAGAUCUUACACAUUCGCUUUCCACCGAGAGAUCUCUCGGCGCCUGCUCCGCAACAGCAGUCCAACUCUACUGCCGUCACACCUUAUAAUGGCGGUGCGCAAAGCAACGUAGACACAUCGUCACGUGCACUUACGCCCACGGACGCCGCACGUCGGUUACCGCCGGGAUACUUUCUCGCCUAUCAAUCUCCCAACUCAGAGUCCUCCCGUGGUCAGCGAGUCUUCUGCGCCGCACCCGACUUCGCACGCCUGAAGAACCCUCAAGACACAUCCUCCAUGUCGAGCCGCUUCGUCGAAUACGGACAGUGGAUCGAGUUACCCUCAGCCUACUCCAUGACUGCCCUCGUCACACCAGACUGCACUUCGUUCAAUAGCCCCAUCGGCUUUGGCAACGAGCUGGCUGUGCAAUUUGAUCGUUCUUCUACGGAGAUCGCUAUCAUGACCGCCGACGGCGUACAGACCAUCAGGCGGAGACGACUGGUCGAUGUCUUUGCAGCGAUGAUGCGAUAUGCAUCCACGGACGAAGAAGGUCGGGAAGGCGACAUCAAGCGCUUUGUCCGGACAUAUGGCCGAGGCGAGACGGCUGCCACAGCGCUGGCCGUCGCUUGUGGACAGGGUGUUGAUGUCAGCUCCGACUCGCGCAUCACCGCCGUCACUGAACCCGACGUGAUCGAAGGCGCACGGAAGGCUUUCAUUGACCACGGUGGUAAGCCAGAGUACAAUGCUAACGCGGUCGUGGAACGUAAUGCUGAGCCGCUCGACUCUGUCCGGCCGAGUCCGAGGCACGAAGGGUUAGCCCUCUAUAUAUCACGCCUCGUACGCUCCAUCUGGUCUGCGCGCGUCAUCACGGAGAUGAUUCUACCUGGCGAGCCGCCUCGGAUGCUUCCCACAAUCCCGCUCGACAGACUGCGCACCGUACAAACAGACCUCAACAAUCUUUCGGGCUUUCUCAAUCGCAACCGUGCUUUCAUCGAAGGCCUUGCGGGUCCUCCUUCGCAACCUGGCCGUCCAAAUUCGCGCCAAGACGAGAUUGCAAACCAUGGUGAGCAUAGAGCUAUGACCGGUCUUGUACAGCUCAUCGCAAGCAUCGUCGAAGGUAUCAGCUUCGCGCUCGUACUCUUCGACGAACGUAUCGAAGAGAUUUUUGCCGCGCUGUCCGAAGAAAGCAGAAAGCGAGCCAAGGAGCUAAGGUUUGAAGAGCUCUUCGUCUCGAAUACCGGUCGCGAGCUGGCGAAAGAGCUUGUCAAAGCGAUCGUCAACCGCAAUAUCGCGAACGGCAGCAACGUCGAUACAGUCGCUGAAGCUCUACGGCGCCGCUGUGGCAGCUUCUGCUCUGCUGAAGAUGUUGUGAUCUUCAAAGCUCAGGAGCAGGUGAAGAGGGCCAGCGAGGCGGGUGGGCAGAGCGAGACCGGUCGCGUGCUGUUAAACGAGAGUCAGCGGCUGUUUUCCAAGGUUGCGGCAAACCUGAGCGAGGAGCAUCUGAAAUGGGCCGUGGAGCAGUAUGUUGGCAUGCAGUUUUAUGCGGGCGCUAUUCAGCUUUGCCUUGUGGUUGCGCAGGAGCGAGAUCGCGCGAAGAGGGCUUGGGGCUGGGUGAAAGAGGGGUGUGCGGAGGGUGAUGCGAGGAAGGUGGAGUUUGAGAAGAGGAAGAGCUGCUACGGCCUCAUCUUCGCCACGAUUGAGGCACUGGACCGCGCGACUAAUGCGGACGGAGGGCAGACUCCUCUUGUGACUCGGAGGCGGAACGAGGCGUACGACGUUAUCAAUGGCUCCGACGACGCCGUUUUCCAGACGUGCCUCUAUGACUGGUACAUCUCCAUCGGCCAAGCGGAGCGACUCCUCGACGUGGACAGCAGCCACGUAAUCGACUACCUCAAGCGUCGAAGCCAAGACCAUCGCGAGCACGCCGACUUGCUUUGGCGAUACUACGCCCACCACAAUGACUACCUAGCCGCAGCCGCCACACAACUCGACCUCGCCCGCGGCUACUUCGAGCUCAGCCUGGAAGAGCGCAUCCACUACCUAUCCCGCGCCCGCACAAACGCCUCAACCCGUACCACCCUUCUCAUGGACAGUCGGCAGAGCAAACAGCAACUCCUUCGCGAGAUCGGCGACUUGCUCGAGGUAGCAAACAUCCAAGACGAUAUACUGCAGCGCAUGAAGUCCGACUCCCGCCUUACCGCCGAGCGCCGCGAAACCGUGCUAAACCAGCUACACAUGUCCGGCAUCUUGCCCCUGGGCGAUCUGUUUAAUCAGUACUCCGACCAAGCGGACUACCACGACAUCAAUCUCCUUAUCUUCCACGUAGCGGACCACCGCAACCCGCUCGACAUCCAACGUAGCUGGAGCGAGCUCGUGCGAAGUGAGGAGAACCGUUCGCUAGCUGACCCCUCCGGUCCGGUCCCUUGGGAACGCAUAGGCGAGAAGAUCCGCGAUUUGGGUCGACGACUGAACCUCUCUGAAUCCGUGUUUCCGGUUCCAUUCCUCUUGCACUUGUUAGAGAAAUGGGCCAUCCAUCCUCGGGAGCAUGUGCCGCCGAAGAACUGGGCGGUUGACAUAUUCCUUGAUCUGGGCGUGCCUCAUGAAGUGCUCCUGCCGGAGUUGGAGCGGUUGUUCUACCUGGGCGAGCAUCCGUUCGUGGGGACGAAGAGGCGAGGGGCGGCGGGAAGCAUGGUUUAUGUCAUCCGACAGUGGGUCCGUGAGAGUGAGAGGAAAGGAGAGAGCUGGACUGAGGAGAGUAUCGAGGUGAUUAGGGGUGUGCUGCAGGGUGUGCUUGGCGAGCAGGGAAUGCUUAAUGAGGAGGGGAGGAGGGAGGCUGGGGAUCUAUUGGCGGCGAUAGGGGGACGCUGAUCGAAUGUGUCUUGAUAGGAGAGAGAUUGAUGGGCUUAGCGAGGCGUUUGCAGCAUCGUUUCUGGACCAUUGCGA